GCCAGACCGCUGGCUUGCCGAGUGCCUCGAGACACUUGCUCGGCACAGUCGCGUUGUGCAGUUGAUUCGAAUAGGACGUGUGGCACGCUUAAGCGCACGUUACAGUUACGACGACGCGCAAUACCUGCAACAUGGGGCACUCAACAGGUCGGCUAAGCAUUCUGUGGCUGCUGGGAUUAUGUCUGUUGCUAUUCAAAGCAGGAUACACAGAGGCCCAGAGCAAACGCUCCUCCCGCGUCACCAGCUCCCGCAGCUUCGGCACCAACGUGAAAUCCUCCAGCUCCAAUGGCCUUAGCUUCGAUUGUCCCGAGGAGUUCGGCUACUACCCCCAUCCCACGGACUGUACCCAGUACUACGUGUGUGUCUUCGGCGGAGCCUUGCUGGAGAGCUGCACCGGCGGGCUCAUGUACUCGCACGAGCUGCAGACCUGCGACUGGCCUCGCAACGUGGGCUGCGAACUGGUGGACUCAUCCUCCGCCCCGGAGCGCAGCCCGACACGUAGCCAGGCCCAGACCCAGGCGCAGCAGCAACAGCAGCACGUGCCCAGCCGAGUGCGCUUCGGAGCAGCCUUCAGCAGCCCGGGAGCCGGUGCAUCGAAGGCGCCCACCGUAGCGCCGCAGUACCACCGAUCCCCGCCGCAGGUGAUCCAGGCCCAGGUGCAGCACAUCCCGCCGCCACCGGAGCUGCGUGUGCCGCCGAAUCCGGUGGUCACGUCCCGCGGUCAGCCAAAGCCUCUUCUCGACUCCCAGGAAGACAUAGCAAAGCUAUACGCCGAAGCCCAGGAAACGCUGCCUCCCGUCGAGGAGGAGGAGUCUGAUCGACAGCAGCGCGUGUACCGCGGCCAGCCCAGUACCGUUAGCCAGGUGCAGCGAGACCGAGAUGGAAUCAUCCACCAGGCGAGCAUCAAUGCCAUCCCGCAGGCCGGCAAGAUCGGAUCGUACGCCUUCGGAACGGCCUACAGAGUCGAGUCAUCCUCACCGUCAUCGCUGGGGGCGCCGCCACCACCCGCUAACAUCUUUGUACAGCCCACGCCUCAGGCACAGCCACAGCCACAAGAACUCAGUCGUAACUACUACAAUGCAUCCAUUUAUAACCAUGGGAGCGGGAACGGGGGUGGCUACCAGCAGCAUCACCAGCAGCAGGUUCCGCAGCAACAACAACAGCUACAACCGACACCAUUCCAACAAGCUCAAGUGCAACAAGCGCCACAACAGCAGCCACCACAUCAGCAGCAGCAGGCGCAAGCCCCACCACAUCCCUAUGACUCAUCCUAUUAUUCUAUUUACGACGACGAUAUCGAUUUAUACAGGGACAUAGAGUACCAGCAGCAGCAGCAGCAGGAUCAGCGGGAUCAGCAGCAGCAGCCCCCUCCCGCCACGCAGUACCAGCCGGUCGUCCGCCAGCAGCAGACUCAGUCCACCUACCGACCCCUCGAGCUGGCUGCCACGCCCACCCCGCCCCAGAAGGGGUCUUACGGCAACCAGCCCACCUUGGUCUACAGCACGGACUACGACGAGGACAUCAAUGCUCAGAUCGAGCAGGAUAAUGUUUACGAUCAACCGACCCGAUCGCCCCCGAGGCCGGAGCAAGUGGCUAUCCAACGGCUGGCCACGCCCUCGAGCGCCCCCUCCUCGACCACUCCAGCUGCCCGCCCGGAUAUCCGCAACUACUACGACACGCUGACCACCCCAGAAGGCCCUGGCUUCAGUCAGCCCGACUACAGCUACUCCAGCUCGGCGGAGUACGCCUAUGGCUCGCCGGAGGACUAUGACCAGAGCGAGGCCACUCUGACCCGAACGAAGCCCCGCUCCGAGGCGGACGACUACGACCUCACCGCCAAUGUGGUUGGCCCAACCGGAAAGAGUGCCACUGCCGCCCCGACUAGGUCCAAGAGCUCCAAGUCCACUCCUGCCAUCGUCAGGAGCCCCACGAAGAGUUCCUCCUUCCCCACGACACAAGCCGUUAAGGUCACAAAGCCCACAACCACCACCACCACAACAACUACAAGUACAACCACACCACCACCAUCAACGACAACCACAAAAAGCUCGAAAGCGCAUGCAAAUAAACCCCACAAGCCACACGAACCCCAAAAGUCAAAGACCAAGUCCACCACAUCCACACCCGCCACCACAACGACCCCGCAGGCUCCCAGAAAACCGCCCACCACGACAACACUCCCCAAACUGAAUCCCUCCACUUACAGCUCCAACCCCUUUCUCAAAUCAAAGCUCCAGAGCCUGGCCCAGUCGCUGGUCAGCCUAGUUUCCCCCAGCCAGUCGUCUCCUCAGAACCUGACCCGAUCCCGUCUCCCAGCCCCCCAUCCUCCACCUUCCUCGACCACCCAAUGGCCCCUGGGCACCGAAAGCGCCGGCAGCAGCCAAGUGGAUCAGGUCGAGACAGUCUUCGACGAGAGCCAGAACAUCCAGGUGCACACUGUCGAGGCACCCAGCAGCCGCUCCUUCGAAACGAGCACUGCGCCAAGGUUCCUAGACUUUAUCAAUGCCGCCGCUUACGGUACCAGUCCGCGGGGCAAUCUGUUGCAUUCAGUGUCGGAGAAGCCCGUAAAGACAGCUCCUCGGGAAGCGCUCUACAGACCCCUUGAAGGAGCCCACCCUGCGCCAUCAACGGAGCUCCCGCAACAGCGGAAGCGCAUUCAAACCUAUAUUUUGUCCGACGUAGAGCCUCAGAGCUUCAGAAUUCCCGGAAUCGAAAGAAAAGCGCCGUCCCAGGAGGAACUCAUGGAGAGCUCGAGCACUUCUCGACCGAAUAAGCAUCCCAUCCAGUACAGCCUGCAAAGUGGAUCGCACGGAUUCAGUUUGUUUGUGGAACAACCUGAAAAUAAAACCACAACCACUACUACGACUACAACCACGACCACAACAACCACUACUACGACCACACCCGCCGCCACACCGCAAGCCGAUUCCUCCGAUGAUUACGUGGAAAUAGUUCCCACCACAUAUGCCCCGCCCCUCCGCAUCUGGCGCAAUGGAAGACCCACAAUUCAGCAGGGCUUCUACAGGCCCACCACCUCGGGUGCAAUCACCACAGCAGAUACAAGGACGCCGCCUCCAGCUCCAUUCGUCUCGAACACUCCAGACAGCGUGGAGUCCAGCAGCACCUUGAGGUCCACAACCGUGCCCAAGGCUCAGAUUACUCCGAGCACCGAGAAGAUCGUUGGCAUGAUUCCCAGCUUUACAGCCCGCGCCAGCUUCCUCAAGGAGAGCCUCAACCGAGUGACGCCCAACCCGGCAACGCGCUUUGUUUCACCGUACAAGAGCCUGGAGAACCUGCUCCAGGAGGAGCGCCAGCAUCAGCACAACCUGCGGACCACCUCGAGACCCAGAUACACGAACGCCCCCGCCUCGCCACCCUUCCUACAGACGACGCCGAAGCCUCCAAAGAGUCUCUUCCUCACCCCGACUUCGAGGAACUCCAGCCAGGAUGUGCUGGCCACCAUGGCUGCAGGCAACGCUCGGAACUUCAGUGUCAGCGACGCCAUUCUCAGCACAUUCAGCCCGCAAAGACCAGCACCCACCAUGCUCCGAACAACCACUAGCACCACCACGAGUACAACCACCACGGAGCCUCCUCCUCCAACGGUGCCAACUACCACGACCCCAACCACAGUUUCCUCGGUUGUCGCCUCUUCGCCCCUUCGCGUCUCCCUGUCGCCUGGACGGCCCCGCGGUCGCUCCCGCUACACGGUACCCACAUCGAACAGUCUCGGCGAUGCGGCGGAUGAGCCCACGACCUACGCCCCUAAGCUGAGGCUGCCCAGUGGCUAUGAGCCCAGUCCUUAUCUAAAGCGGAAGCCACAGCGCAUCCGAGUGUUCAGAGAGCCGACAGCUAAGCCGCAGGAGAAGUACGAGGUCUACAAGGCCGCCCUCCAGGCCAAGGAUUCCGGCUACGAUCAAUUGUCGGCCAAGUCGCUGAAGCGUAAACCCAUCGAGAACGAGGCCAGUCUGCCGGACGAACCCCGGGCCGAGGCCCUGAUCAGCCAUCCGCUGGAGGCCAGGCAGCAGAACAGCCUCGAAGAAACAGUCAGCUCCACGGAGCACGUGGUGGCCAUCACGGAGCGGCCCACGGUCAAGUUUCUCUACUCGAACAAGUACCGCCAGCAGACCGCGGAGCGAACUUUGGCGGAGAGUCUGCAGAACGCAGGAUACAUAUCCAGGGCGCAGAAGUUCCGGUCGGCCAAUGUCCUGGAGCAACUGAAGCAGUUCCUGGCCGGCAGCGACAGCUCCAGCACCAGCGAUGAGAGCGGCACGUCCCACUUCGUGGACGAGUAUGCGGUGCCGGAGAUAAACGCGGCCGUGGAUGAGAUCAAGCACCUGUACCAGCCCAAGGAGCAGACCACGCUGCGCUCCACAACCCUGCCCAUCGCCGCCCCGCGAUCCACCGCCGUUACCAGCUCCCCAAAAACCUACUCCUCCCUGCCCUCCACCGUUCCCACCUCCACCAGCACUGUACGAACCACGACAGGCACCCCCGAACUAAGUACGCCCAGAACCCCCCCGAUAGCCUCUCCAGCUCAUCCAACUCCCUUGAAUCCGCCCACCCCCGCCUCAGCCACCGCCACUGCCACACCCCCCGUCACGUUUGCACUGCCCACUGCCCGCGCUUCGAGGGUUAACAAUGUCAUUAAGUCGUCGAUCGCCGCCGUCCAAUCCGGCGUGGGCGCUAGCCCCCCCUCCCCGGCGGGCUUCCAGCCGCAGCAGGGGCUGGCGGCGGGUAAAGGGAAGGUGCCCAAGUUCCAAUUCGGCUUCGACCCCAGCAUUAGCAAGCACUCGUCGAGCAGCAUCAGCAAUCCUGCCGCAGCCGCAGCCACGUCCUCCGCCUCAGUGAAGUGCUCAGAUAGCACACUGAACGCCAAAUGCAACGAGAUCCCGUCAAGAAACAACAAUAGAAACCGCGGCAGUGCCAUUUACACCAACCAGGACCGGGAUGUCGUCUCGACCCCGAACCGUGGCACUCAUCCGCCACGCACCCGCCCCACGCUGAAGCCCUCUGGAACCAUCGUCUCGAAGGCCCAGGAGUUCGUGGACAUCUACCGCUACCCGCCCACCCGACCGGACCCCAUCUACCCGCAGCCCACGCCCGACAAGACGGCGGCCAAGUGCCGCAAGGACGUGUGCCUGCUGCCCGACUGCUACUGCGGUGGCAAGGACAUUCCAGGCGGCUUGAGUGUCACAGAGACGCCGCAAAUCGUUCUGAUGACGUUCGAUGACGCCAUCAACCCCAUCAACAUCGAUCUCUACGACGAGCUCUUCAACAACAAGACCCGCAGCAACCCCAACGGCUGUCCCUUGAGAGGUACCUUCUACGUGUCCCACGAGUGGACGGACUACGGGAUGGUGCAAGACAUGUACUCGGACGGCCACGAAAUGGCCUCCCACACCGUUUCUCACAGCUUCGGCGAGCAGUUCUCCCAAAAGAAAUGGACUCGGGAAAUCGCCGGACAGCGGGAGAUCCUGGCUGCCUACGGCGGAGUGAAGCUGUCGGAUGUGCGCGGCAUGCGAGCGCCCUUCCUCUCGGUGGGCGGUAACAAAAUGUACAAGAUGCUGUACGACUCAAACUUCACCUACGACUCCUCCAUGCCGGUCUACGAAAACCGGCCACCCUCCUGGCCCUACACCCUGGACUACAAGAUCUUCCACGACUGCAUGAUUCCGCCCUGCCCGACCCGAUCUUACCCUGGUGUCUGGCAAGUGCCAAUGGUCAUGUGGCAGGACCUGAACGGUGGCCGCUGCUCCAUGGGCGACGCCUGCUCGAACCCCAGCGAUGCGGAGGGCGUGACCAAGAUGAUAAUGAAGAACUUUGAACGGCACUACACCACUAACAGGGCACCAUUCGGUCUGUUCUACCACGCUGCCUGGUUCACGCAGCCGCACCACAAGGAGGGCUUCAUCAAGUUCCUCGACGCCAUCAACGCCAUGCCGGACGUGUGGAUCGUGACGAACUGGCAGGCCUUGCAGUGGGUACGUGAUCCUACGCCCAUCUCGCGCAUCAACUCCUUCCAGCCCUUCCAGUGUGACUACUCGGACCGGCCCAAGCGCUGCAACAACCCGAAGGUGUGCAACCUGUGGCACAAAUCCGGCGUCCGCUACAUGAAGACGUGUCAGCCCUGCCCCGACAUCUACCCCUGGACCGGCAAGUCAGGCAUCCGGUCGUCGCGCAUCGACAACGAGGUGGAGGAGCCAGCUCCGUAGACUGUUAGGCGUCAGUCCCCGCCAUUCUCGCAUUGACCGUGGAUCUGGAGCUCGGGCAGUCGGGAACACGCUGCCAUCUCCGAGAUGCCGAAAAGAUAGGGCCCUUUUCAUCAGAGCUCAAAAUACGGAAUUCACUCGAUUAAUUUUUUCAUCUACUCUUAGUACUCUAAUUUAGUAGCUAAUUUCUUGAAAAGGACAUCGACAACAACGAUCAUAGUUAAUUUUUUUGGAGCAUGAUACUAAAAAUUAUUUAUUCCUUCGUACACAUCAUACUCGAUACCUAUAUACCUAUAUAUCUGUAUGCCUAUAUAUCUGUAUAUUCCUAUAGAUUGCCACUUAUACGGAUAUCCUGUAGUUGUUGCGCACGCAAUCCCCACAGAGCCCUUGUACACGUAGAGCAAUUAGGCGUAAGGCACUAGACUAAUAAGCACUAAGAAUAAUAAAUGCAGUCCUUCGAUAUCGUAGUAGAAUGCUCGACAGGAUUUGGAGGCGACGGGCGCAUUAGAGAUAGGCUAACAUAUAUAUUUUCGUUUAAUUUGUGAUAAAGUGUUGCAGCAGAAUUUACGUACUAUUAGACGUGCACAGGCCUUUUAAAAACAAAAACCAACUAACCCGUUUCCACAUGUAUAGUUCUUUCACAACAGCCGCCCCAGGAGUUUCCUUGAUUCUGCAUUGGGUGCAUGGACUAGUUUAGUUUCUGGGCUCAUUCCAAGCUCCCUACCUUCCGAUACAACCAUCCUUCAACGAUUUAAAGCUACCCUUUGCCGAGUUCUUCGUCCUUAUCGAUGGACAUCCGAAAAAAGUCAAUGAGCGCGGAUCAGAAGCGAGUAUAAUUAGAGGAAUCGAUUGCCAAUACUUAGCCGUUCUUCAGAAACAAGAGCCGAUAGUUCAGUUCAUUGAGACAAGUGUAGGUUAGCACAUAAGGUAUCAAUAUGCGAAAGUAUUAAGGGGAUCCACAUGCAAUAUAAUUAGACAUAUCUGCAUCUACUAUAAGGACAUACCAAGUAGGAGCUUUGCCUUUAACAGCAGGGCGCAAUGUAAGAGCCUUCUGACCAGCCGAGUGAAUUAAGUAUUUUGUGCUAACGAUUGUAAAAAACAAAACCUAUGUGUAUGAAUGUAUGUUUGUAAUAAAUUUGACUAUUUAAAUGG